CGCGCUGCUCCUUACGUAAUUGAAUAGCCCCUAUAUCCUCUUUACCCUCGCCUACCGUCAAAUACCAUCACAGACAAUAUAAUAUGGACUGAACUUACCCAACACAAGCUGAUCACGUGUUGGAAAGUUACGGGCUUAUUCGCAGUUCUGAAUCAUCAAUAACUUGGCUUUGCUGGGAGUAAAUAGGAAGAAAUGCUGUUCGAUUCUCUAAACACAAAGCUAAGUAAAAUAUUAUAUACUUAAAGAAUUCAAUUUUCAGACUCAAAUGCAAAGACAAGACUAGAACCCAGGCCCCGGAUUGUUGACAACAAGACCCGGCUUUUGUGACACAACAAAGAUUACUUCACAAAGGACCAACAUACUUUCAUUUGUCGUUGUGCUUCUGGCACGGCUAUGGAUUUGAUCGUUAAAAAUGGCCGCAGAAAUUUCCGAACAAGUAACGAAACUCAACAGCGACACCAGUUCGGUCGAGAUCAUCGACGAUUGUCUAUCGAAAGAUACUUUGGAAGUGUUAAACUCCAUGAGGAAGAACACAGAACUUUGUGAUGUCAACCUUGUAGUUGAGAAGACAACUAUUACAGCCCACAGGGCUAUUUUAGCAGCAAGUAGUCCAUACUUUCGAGCAAUGUUUCUGUCUGGUUUCUCGGAGGCAAAUGAAGAGUGUAUCCAACUGAAGGACAUGGCAGCAGAAGCCUUGGGAGCGGUGAUCGACUAUUUUUACACAUCUUAUUUGAAGAUAGACGUCGAUACAGUUGAAGAUAUUUUGAAAGUAUGCGUUGUUCUUCGCCUCGAGUCCCUUGUGGAUCACUGCGAGACAUUUCUACGAAGGAAUAUGUCGCUUUCCAAUUGCUUGGGGUUACAUUCUCUCGCCAAACUCUUCUGUCUUGACGGUCUGUGUGACCACGCAAAGCGAUUCAUUUUAUGGAACUUUCAAAACGUUUUCCAAGAGGAAGAAUUCAAAUUGUUACCAUAUCAAGAUCUCAGAGCUUUCAUCAGGGAUGACACAUUGAAAGUGCAAGCAGAAGAAAUUGUAUUUGACGCUGCGUGGCAGUGGUUAAACCACGACUUCCACAACCGUAAGGCCUAUGUUGGCGACAUAAUGCAGUAUAUUAGAUUUCCUCUGAUGAAUCUGAACUUUCUUGUGGAUAAUGACAUUGUAAGGAGAUUGAUACGCGAGAAUACUGUCUGUAAAGAGUUAAUUCGAGAAGCCAGGAUUUAUCAGUCUUUCAUUGAGAGUAAUUCCUCUUCCAAAGUUGAUAAUUUCAGAGUCAGGCCUCGUAUGGCUUCAGAAGAGAUCUAUGUGAUUGGGGGAUGGUCUAAUGGUCAGAAACUGAGCAGUGUUCAGUGUUUCAAUGUUGAUACACUAGAAUGGACAAUCGUGGCUGGUAUGAGUGUUGCACAUGUAUCUAGAGAGGAUUACUUCAGAGUAGUUGUGGUGAAUGAUGAGCUGUAUACAGUCAGUCGGUACAAGGUAGGCAAGUAUGAUCCAAUAUCCAACAGUUGGAUCCAGGUUGCCAAUGGACCAGAUGUCCAGUGUAAGUGGGCAGGUGUCUGUGAGUCAGAGGGGUACAUCUAUGUUCUGGGAGGACACAGUAGCAUGUGUGCCAAGAGGUUUGACCCAGAAACAAUGUCAUGGGAAUCCCUUCCACUGAUGACAUCUGCAAGAUACUACCCUGGGGUUGCUGUGUUUCRAGGCAAAGUGUAUGCUGUCGGUGGACUUGAUCACCUUUGGGCACCUCUCGACACUGCAGAAUGCUAUGACUCAGUUAACAACCGAUGGGAGGCCAUUGCACCCAUGUCAACUGCCCGCUGGAGCUUAGGUGUUGCAGUGCUUGAUGACUAUCUUUAUGCUAUUGGUGGCUCUGACAACAGAGAAUCUUAUAGCAAUAGUGUUGAGGUGUACGAUGCUGUAACUAACACAUGGAGCCAUUCAGUUGCCAGUAUGAAUAAUGGUCGACGGUGCCUAGGAGUAGCUGUUGUCAAUGACCUUAUAUAUGUAGUAGGUGGUAGAGUCGUAAAUAGCAUUGAGUAUUAUGACAAGGACCAAAAUGCAUGGACUGUUGUGGGUACCGUGAACUCCAGAUGUAAUUUUGGUUGUGUGGCUUUAAGACUUAUGUAAAUUAUGCCGACUUUAAAUAUAGACAUACAGGUAUUAUAACAGCUUAAUAGAUAUUUUACAAUACUCCAGGGCUUAAGGAUUGGAACUUGUCCUGCCAAAUCUUUACUUCGUGGGUCAUUUUGAUGAGUAUUGUAAGCCAGAGACCAGGUACAGCCRAGUUAAAACUAAUAUAUUAUUUGGCCGGUUUGUCACACCUGGCAACAUAUGUACCAUCAUUUUAAGCCCUGUACUCCAGUCAAYGUCAACUGUCUCAUUAAAGAUUUUGUUGGCAUAUAUUGCACAAGAAUGGUUAUGUGGGCAAUUAUACCCUUGGCAUGACUAGAAUUGUUUCUUUCUAAACUGGCCCUUAGCUAAACUGAUUUUUCAAAUCAGUUGGCCAACUUGUAGACUAAAGGCAGAGAUUUUCCUUUGCCCAUGAAAGAAUAGUCAAUGUAAUAGGUACAUAGAAGCAUUGCUUUGUUUUACUUACUUUGACUGUUAGUCAUUAAUCAUACAAUAUUGUUUCCUGUGCCAAGUAAAAUCACUCUAAGAGCUCAAAAUCCCUCACUGAAUAUUAGCCAAGCAAUCUUCAAUCACUUUAAGGAAUGACCUUCUUAGCUCUAUAAUCUUAGCCACUUUGAUAGACAAUAUUUGAUACUGGAAAAUGUUCAAUGCAGAUGUGCAUGCAAGUUAUUUGGAAUCUAAGUGCACCAUGCAUUGUUUGUCUCAGCAAAAAUUUCCAAGUAUUCUCUAUAACCUUUAGUAACAAAAAAAUGAAAUAUUAAUUCCACCAACGACUAAAUAUGCUACUUCUAAAAUCUAAUUCGAGUUUCUUUUCUUCAUUUUCAAGUAAAAGCUUUUGAGUUGAAAACCUGGAACUAUAAAUUCUGAGCUACAAAAAAAAUGUCUGUUGAUUGGCUAAUUGGUUUGAGCUGAGAAGACAAAUCACCUGGUUGUAAAUACACAGUAUAAAUGAUAUUUACAUGUUUAAAACAGUGAAGAGAGUAUGUGGACCGCGUGGCACUAAUGGACUCUAUCUGUUUAAAACAGUGUUGAUUAUUAUAACCAUGUAAUGCACUUUUGAGUAAGUUUAGAUGGCAUUUUAUACCUUUUUUUACUAUUUAGACCUAUUUAUCCACUUUAAUGGUCUUAUUACAAUAACACCAUUUUCAACCUUUGUAGAGUGCAAUUACUAGCCCCAAUAUAAAAAAAUAUGAGCCAAUCAGUAUAAUAAGGCAUAAUAAUAAAAAUAUAGAAAAUAUUUUUWAACAAUUAUUGGUUCCAUUUAGAUUUAUGGUUCUUGAAUGCACCAAAUUAAUGUCAUGUUAUCAAUGUUUAUUACAUAAAUGUUUAAUUUUUUUUUUUCCAUUUUUUCAGAUGGCAAUAUUCUUUAAAAGGAUUUCAAAUUAUAUUUAUUAAAUAUUAUUUUUGUCUAUAUAACUAGUAGACGCAUAGGAAACCUUAACUCUAACUGCUAAAUAGAAUUCGGCCAAGCAUUAUUUGAUGUGUUUGGACAUAUUUAAGGCAAAAAGAAACAUAAUAGCAAUCAUUUAGUACAGCUACUGCACAUUAUAAGUAAUUUAUAUUAUUGUAUUAAACAUGGUAAUCUCAAAAAUAUUUGACUCCAGUAAAGACUGGAAUGUGACUGAAGGAUAAUCCUUUAUACUGUAUACAGAACAAUAAACAUUGAAUAUAUUCUA